UCACCGAGUCCGGCCUCUCCAUGGUCGACUGGCACCUGGUGAAGGAGAUGAAGCCCCCCCGGACGCAGCGCGAGUGGGAGGCCGAGUUCCAGAAGUACCAGCAGUUCCCCGAGUUCAAAAUCCUGAAUCAUGACAUGACGCUGACAGAGUUCAAGUUCAUCUGGUACAUGGAGUAUUCGCACCGGAUGUGGGGUCGCCUCGUGGGCCUGGCCUACAUCGUACCUGCUGUGUAUUUCUGGAAGAAGGGCUGGCUCAGCCGCCCCAUGAAGGGCUGUGUACUUGCACUGUGCGGCCUCGUCUGCUUCCAGGGACUGCUGGGAUGGUACAUGGUGAAGAGCGGCCUGGAGGAGAAGCCGGAUUCCUAUGACAUUCCUCGGGUCAGUCAGUACCGUCUCGCAGCACACCUGGGCUCCGCGCUCGUUCUGUAUUCAGCUAGCCUCUGGACAGGGCUCUCUCUGCUGCUCCCGCAGCACAAGCUACCUGAGACUCGUCAGCUGCUCCGCUUGAGACAAUUUGCUCAUGGCACUACAGCUCUCAUUUUCCUUACUGCUCUCUCAGGUGCCUUUGUGGCAGGGCUGGACGCUGGUCUAGUGUACAAUUCUUUCCCCAAGAUGGGGGAACGCUGGAUCCCUGAGGAUCUCCUUGCCUUCUCUCCAGUGCUGAAAAAUAUCUUUGAGAACCCCACAACUGUACAGUUUGAUCACAGAGUCCUGGGAAUCACCUCGAUCACAGCUAUCACGGCGCUGUACCUCUUCUCCCGGAAGAUCCCUCUCCCCCGCAGGACCAGGAUAGCGGUGACAUCCCUGCUAGCCGUGGCGGGCCUGCAGCGGCUCGUGCCCCCUUGCAGCUGGCUCAUUGCUAUCCUGGCCCAGGCCAACCCGCUGUUUGGGCCGCAGCUGAAGAACGAGACCAUCUGGUACGUGCGCUUCCUCUGGGAGUGAGCGGCGCCUGCAUGGAGAUCCCCACCACCACCGUGAG